AUCUGUUAUCAACGAUUCAUUGUCCUCUUGAAAUCAAUUUCAGUUAAUUAACAGUUAAACCCUCACGUAAAACCCUUUGCAAGAACAUACUAUGCUCUGCAUCUCCAACAAUGGCUGUCUCCGCGAAAUUCCCACAAGUCCCUCUCAACCCAGACCAUCCACAGCAUCUCCACGCCAAAACCCACAAGACCAAAGACGUAGCUUUCCCUCACAAACCCAAAACCCACCCUAUAUCCUCGAGGAAAUCCCAAGAAAUCUGUGUCUUGAACACCAGCUCCGGCGUCACCCAGAACCCAAAUCUGCGUCUGCACGACCUGUGCCUCAACGGUAACUUAGAGCAAGCUCUAAGGUACUUCACCUCGAUGCAAGAACUGCAAAUUUCGGUAGAUGAAGAUGUGGUUAUUGCUCUGGCCAGGCUUUGUGAGUGGAGGACAGCGUGUGAAGAGGGGUCUGAGCUUUACUCUUUGGCGUUGAAGUCGGGUACGAAUUUAAGUCUGAGGCUUGGAAAUGCAUUUUUGAGUAUGUUUGUGAGGUUUGGUAACUUGGGUGACGCGUGGUAUGUGUUCGGUAGAAUGCCGGAGAGAGAUGUAUUUUCUUGGAAUGUGCUGAUUGGUGGAUAUGCAAAAGCAGGGUUUUUUGACGAAGCGUUGUCUUUGUAUCAUAGAAUGUUGUGGGCUGGAAUCAGGCCUGAUAUUUAUACUUUCCCUUGUGUGUUGAGGACUUGUGGUGGCUUGCCAGACUUGGCAAGAGGGAGAGAGGUUCAUGUUCAUGUGAUUAGAUAUGGGUUUGAAGCAGAUGUUGAUGUGGUCAAUGCUUUGAUAACUAUGUACGUGAAAUGCGGGAAUUUAAGUAAUGCGCGUGUCUUGUUUGAUAGAAUGCCUAGGAGAGAUAGGAUCUCUUGGAAUGCCAUGAUUUCAGGAUAUUUUGAGAAUGGAGAAUGUUUAGAAGGAUUAAGAUUGUUUUUUAUGAUGCGUGAGCAUUCAAUUUACCCAGAUUUGAUGACUAUGACUAGUGUGAUUGCUGCCUGUGAACAACUUGGUGAUGAGAAACUAGGUAGGGAAAUUCAUGGGUUUGUGAUGGCAACUGGCUUCUCAAUUGAUAUUUCUGUGUGUAAUUCUUUAAUUCAGAUGUACUCAAGUUAUGGUCAGUUGGAAGCAGCAGAAAAGGUUUUCAAUGGUAUGGAGUCGAAAGAUAUUGUGUCAUGGACAACAAUGAUUUCAUGUUAUGAAAAUAAUGUAAUGCCUGAUAAAGCCUUGGAAACCUACAAAAUGAUGGAGCUAGAGGGUAUUGUUCCUGACGAGAUCACUCUGGCCAGUGUUUUAUCUGCUUGUGCUGCUUUAGGCCGGUUAGAUAUGGGUACUAAACUCCAUGAGCUUGCUAAAAGUAUGGGGCUCAUAUCAUACAUUAUCAUUUCAAACACGCUCAUUGACAUGUAUUCCAAGUGUAAAUGUAUAGACAAGGCUCUAGAAGUGUUCCAUGGCAUUCCUGACAAGGAUGUCAUAUCGUGGACUUCAAUUAUCUUGGGGCUUCGGCUCAACAACCGGUGCUUUGAGGCAUUGAUGUUUUUCCGCCAUAUGAAGCAGAAUACAAAACCAAAUUCUGUGACUUUGUUGUCUGUUCUAUCUGCGUGUGCUAGAAUAGGAGCUUUGACAAGUGGAAAAGAGAUUCAUGCCUAUGCAUUAAGGAGUGGAGUAGGCCAGGAGAGCUUCCUAGCUAAUGCACUUCUGGACUUGUAUGUAAGAUGUGGAAGGAUGCAACUUGCUUGGAACCAAUUUAACUUACAGAAAAAUGAUGUUGCUGCAUGGAAUAUUUUGCUUACAGGGUAUGCUCAACAAGGGCAAGGAAAGAUGGCACAGGAGUUCUUUGAUAAAAUGAUAAUGUCUAAUGUUUAUCCAGAUGAGAUCACUUUUCUUUCUCUCCUAUGUGCUUGCAGUAGAUCGAGAAUGAUUGCUGAAGGUCUGGAGUAUUUUUAUAGCAUGGAACAUAAUUAUGGUAUCACCCCAAAUCUGAAGCACUAUGCAUGUAUUGUUGAUUUGCUUGGUUGUUCAGGGAAGUUGGAGGAUGCUUAUCAGUUUAUUAUGCAAAUACCUUUAAAGCCAGAUCCAGCAAUAUGGGGAGCCUUAUUAAAUGCAUGUAGAAUCCACCACCAUGUUGAUCUUGGAGAACUUGCAGCUCAACAUAUUUUUGAAACGGACACAGAAAGUGUUGGGUAUUUCAUUCUUUUAUGUAAUCUCUAUGCUGAAAGUGGUAAUUGGGAUGAAGUUGCAAGAGUUAGAAAGAUGAUGAAAGAGAAAGGGCUAACCAUUGAUCCUGGAUGCAGUUGGGUGGAAGUAAAGGGUGAGGUACAUGCAUUCCUUACCGGUGACAAUUUCCACCCUCAAAUAAGGGAAAUAAAUGCAGUUUUGGAGGGAUUUCUUGAGAAAAUGAGGGCAGCUGGGUUGAACAGUCCAGAGGGUGAGAAAAUGGGUGAGGUUGAAACUUCAAAAGCUGAGAUUUUCUGUGGGCACAGUGAGCGACUGGCUCUUGCAUUUGGCCUUAUUAAUACUGUCCCUGGCACACCUAUUCAGGUCACAAAGAAUCUCUACAUGUGCCAAAGCUGUCAUACAAUCAUCAAAUCAAUCUCCAAGAUUGUUCGCAGGGAGAUUUCUAUACGGGAUUCCGAACAAUUCCACAAUUUCAAGGAUGGCAUCUGUUCCUGUGGCAAUGUGGGAUUGGUAAAAGAAUUUGGCAACGAAGAACAAUGAAAGAAUAUCCAGUUUCUUUGAGGAUGGAGGAAUAUCUUGUUAUAUUAUGUGUGUAAAUAUUUGAAAGCAAGCUAAAUGUCACCAGAGACUGCAGAAGACAUUACUGUGCUAUGAAUCGUGGAUCAGCCUGUUAAACUAAAAUGCAUUACAUGCUGAAAGGAAAGAAGGAGACCUUCAAUAUCAAAACUCAGUUUCCUAGACAAACAAACAAAGUUCUGUGUUUUCUUUGGCAGUUUGCUCUAUAGUAAGAGAACUGCCUCUGGAGUUUGUAGUAUGGUGCUGAUAGGAACAUGGGGGACUCCAUUCUUGUUGGCAGAGUGUAAGGUAUAUAACCUGUUUUCCUCUGCUUGUAUUGUAUUUGCUUUUAAAAUCAAAUGCGAAAACUCAACUGAUGGUUGAAGAUGGUGUAUAAGAUGAUAGAUCACGAAUGUAAUAUCAUUUUGAAAUACAAUAAAAUUUUCUCA